GUCAGGUAUUUUGUCUCAGCAAUGAGAAAAGUAACUAAAACUAUCAGUAUCCCCAGAACCGACUUUGACAGGGAGGCCUUGAGCAGCCAGUGAGAAUGUUGGUUGUGUUACCCCCUCAGUAGGCAUGGGGACAUCAGGCUUGCAUAGCACUGUCCCCUGUGAUUCCUCACUUUCCUUUUUUUCUAGUUCUAGGUCCAUCAAGUAGCAGGAGUCACCUGAAGCAGUAUUGUUUUUCCCUCUUAGAAGGAGGUUAUAAUUCCCAUUGAAAAGCAGAACACAGCCCAGUCUCAUCCACUAGAUCCUUUUGCAUUAGUGUUGAGAAUCUGGUCUUCUCAGGGGCAUAGAGCCAAUCUACAAGAGGUGAGAUCUUGAAUUCAGUCAGGCCCUGCUUGGUAGCUUCUGACAGGACUUCUAAUACCAAUGCUUGUUUUUUUCUGGAUACCAACCAACUCUGUGGCACCAGCUGGGCCUCUAGUAGUAUGAGUAGAUUCUGACACUAGCUCCCUAAGUUUCAGACCCCACAGGAUAAGGCUGUGGUCCACAAGAGGAGUCCCUAGGUGACCCACACUUUGGACUGGCUGAUUAUAAAUCUGCAAGUUCCCCUCAGUUUUGAUGAUUCCUUAGAACAACUCAGAGAAUUGAAAAAAAAAAACACUAAUAUUGAAAUUUACGGUAAAGGAUGCCAUCAGCCAGAUGAAAAGGGACCUACGGUGAGGGUCAGAGAGUACUGAGCACAGGACCUCUGCACAGUCAAGGUGGGCGAGUUCAGUGACCAGGAGGUGCCUGGAAUCUCACCAUUCAAGAGAUUUUAUAACCCGGUCUCCAGUCCCUCCUCCAACCUGGACUCUGAGAGUUGGGAGUUGAGGACGGCCCUUCCAGAGUGACUGGGUGAAGGACCCGGAGAUGAAUGGUGACACAGUCCACUUCUGCACAGAUGAGGAGUGUGUCUCCCUGCAUCCCCGAGUACACAGCCCCGUGGGUGGGAUGGACCCCGUGGCAGUGACUCCUACCGCCCCCAAGAUGCGCAAGCUUAUUCAGGCUGCCAUGAUAGUCAUAGCUGGGGCCACAGUUUCCUCUCUUGUGGCUCUCUUUGUUGUGGCUCUACAGUCCCGAAACCCUAUACCGGAGGAGCCUCCUUCCUUCCAAGACUCUGAAGCCAUGUUUUUGGAAGACAACACUACUGAACAGUUACCUGUGGAACCCAAUAAUCACUACCACUUUGGUGGGCGACAAGAGUUUCAAGAGGCUAUACAGACACUUAAAAGCCACAUAGACAAUUCCAGCACUUGGUAUGUGGAGAUCCAGACGUUGAAGCGCAGAGUGGACAAUGUCAGUUGUCAGGUCCAGGGGCUUGAGGGCUAUCUGGGAGACACCAGUGCUGACAUCCAGAGGGUAAAAGGUGCUCUACAGAAGGCCAGUGCCUUGAGCGUGCAGACCCAGAUGCUAGGAAGUUCCUUGGAGGGAGCCAGUGCUGAGAUCCAGAAACUGAAGGGAGAUCUGGAAAAGGCAAAUGCUUUAACCUUCCAGACCCAGGAUUUCUUAAAAAACAUCUCAGAAAACACCAGUACUGAGCUCCGUAUGCUGAGCAGAGGCUUAGGAAAUGUGAACACCGAGAUUCAAAUGUUGAACGCAGGUUUGGAAAUGGUAAACACCCAGGCCAGGUUGACAAACAGCAGUUUAAAGAAUGCCAAUUCUGAGAUACAUGCUUUGAGAGGUCGCCUGGAUAGUUUCAAUGACUUAAGGACCCAGAACCAGGUUUUAAGUAGUAGUCUGGAAGGAGCCCAGGCUGAGAUCCAGAAGCUAGGACGAAGUUUGCAGAAUGCAAAUGCUCUGAACUCCCAGACCCAGGCCCGUCUCAAAGGCAGUUUAGAUAACACUAGUGCUGAGAUCCUGGCACUGAGAGGUCAUUUGGAAAUGACUGGUAAUGAGAUGCACCUGUUAAAAAGAGAUUUGGAAACUGUCACUGCCCAGACCCAACUAGCAAAUGGCCACCUGGAGCAGGCAGAUGCUCAGAUCCAAAUGCUAAAAGCAGAACUAGGAAAUGCCAACACCUUAAACUCCCAGAUUCAGGUAUUAAAUGGUCAGUUGAACAAUGCCAGCAGAGAGAUACAGACCCUAAAACAAAGGGUGAAAGAUACUGCAGCCUUAGAUUCACAGAUGCAGAUGCUAGGGAGCAAUCUGCAGAAGGCCAGUGCUGAGAUGCAGAGGUUAAAAGAGGAUUUAGAGAGCACCAAAACUCUAACUGUGAAAAUCCAGGAGGAGCAGAGUCGCCUGGGGACCCUCCGUGCAGCCAUUGCUUCACAGGAGCAGCUACAAAGGACCCAAAAUCAACUUCUCCAGCUGAUCCUGCAAGGCUGGAAGGUCUUUGAGGGAAACUUGUAUUACUUUUCUCAUGUCAAGAAAUCUUGGCAUGAAGCUGAGCAGUUCUGCGUGUCCCGGGGAGCCCACCUGACAUCGGUCACCUCUCAGAGGGAGCAGGCAUUCCUCGUACAGUUCACAAGCACCUCUUACCACUGGAUUGGCCUCACUGACAGGGGUACUGAAGGCUCCUGGCGCUGGACAGAUGGGACACCAUUCAGUAAUACCCAGAGCAGAGGGUUUUGGGACAAGAAUCAGCCAGACAACUGGCAACAUGGGAGUGGGGAUACUGAAGACUGCGUCCAUAUUCAGAAGAAGUGGAAUGACAUAAGCUGCAAUGCCUCCUAUCACUGGAUCUGCAAGAAGUCAACAGGCCAGGCGGUGGCCUGAGGCAGGCCAGAGCCAGGGGUCCUUCCUGACGGCAGUGUUGCGCCCUCCGCCCUGACACUGGACUCAGCCUGUCAUCUGCGGCCUCCCAUUGCCUUUCGUCUCCCGCCUUAUCUUUCCAUUUAGCUCUUUCAAACACGCUCACCUGACGUGACCCGGUGGGAUCAGCAGCUCCUCCAGGAAAGAGCCUUGCUCUGCCUGCUUUUCUUCAGCAACCAGCACAAGCCUAUGAGACAGCAGGUCUUCAAUAAAGACUCAUGCAAUGAA